AAUAUUAUAACCUCCACACUCAGAGCAUUUACUUGCUGCAUUCUCUAGCAAGCACACUAGCUCAGUAAUGGGAACUAAAAUUCUGAUUUCAGUUCUCUCUCUCUUCUUCCUCAUUUUCAUAUCUUCAGCCUCUCCGAGCCAUAAAACCAGGACUCGUCGCCCUUGCAAGAGGCUGGUCUUUUACUUCCACGACGUCAUCUACAAUGGCAAGAACUCCAAGAAUGCCACUGCAGCCAUAAUAGGGGCACCGGCUUGGGGCAACAAGACCAUAUUGGCGGGAAAGAACCAUUUUGGGGACUUGGUUGUGUUCGACGACCCCAUUACACUAGACAACAAUCUACACUCGACCCCUGUUGGCCGCGCACAAGGCUUCUACAUCUAUGACAAGAAAGACAUUUUCACUGCGUGGCUCGGAUUCUCCUUCGUUUUCAACUCGACGGAGCACAAGGGCAGCAUCAACUUUGCUGGAGCCGAUCCGUUGAUGAACAAAACUAGGGAUAUUUCAGUGGUUGGUGGAACUGGUGACUUCUUCAUGGCUAGAGGGGUGGCCACUUUGAUGACUGAUGCAUUUGAAGGGGAAGUCUAUUUCCGGCUUCGCGUGGAUAUUAAGUUGUACGAGUGCUGGUAACAAAGCUUAUUUGUGGCUUAUUUUGCAGUGAUCUGUGGAAUCCUUUCACAAAUAAUUUUUAUCAUUAAAAGAGCUUAAUAGCUUAUUCAUUGCAGAUUUUAGAUAUUAUUGGGGAUUAGUUCAUUAAGGCCCCAUUUCUUAAGGGUUUUUUUUUUUUUCAAUUUGAAGCUAGUUACUGCAAGUCUUCAACUUUGUAAUGAUAAUAACAAUUUGAUAUAGAUUUUCUAAGCAUCAACCAGUUUGUGGAUU